AGACAUUCAUGAGGUUUGCUAAGACUUCAGGUGGUCUACUAGGUCUCUUCAACAACUGUGGCGCAUACCAGAAAUGGUGCCGCACAACCUCUGCCCGCGCUCAGCUCUAUGAGCUUACUCUUGAGAUGUGUGGCAUGAUUGACGACACUGAGAUGCCGAAAGCAGGCAAGCACCGUGAGCUGGAGCCUGCCCAAAUCAAAAAGUCUGAAUUAGCGGUGCAGAGCGUCAUCUCUGCCAUCAAUGGCUUCACAAACCCCUGGAGAAUCCCAGACAAAAGUCGACUGUACUCCCUCGCAUCUGGAGCUCCCAUCGAUCUAGAGGUUGAGGCUGACGUGCUGCGGGCCGAGGCUGCAGGCAGGGCUGCCAAGGAGCAGUUCAUCCAAGAGCGCUUCAUUUCCAAGAGGAAAGACUUCUUUGAUCGCCUCAAGAAACUUACGCUCAAGACAAUGGAUUACUGCAGCAAGAGGGUCAAACUUACAUCUGCGCAGGGGAAGCUCUUUGUGUACAAGGAGCAGAGCAACUUCGCCUUUCAGCUGCUCGUUAAGUCGCAGAUUAUGGAGAUGCCCAUCAACCUUGAGGAACUCAUGCGGUAUCCCCUCUCACCUGUUCCUCAUGCCCUUGGCUCUCCGGAUGGCUAUUUUGCUAAAACCAACAAGGCCACUAUCCUUCACCAUCUGCUGCAGGACAGGGACGAAGACGUACCUUACCCCAAUGAUGCCCUCUUCAUACAGGAUGGCAACGCUCUCUUCCACAUGAUGUCCAACCUCCCACCGACCUUCGGAGGGAUUUGCAUGCAGCUCCUGGACCAAAUGGUUGCCAAGCACCAUUUUGUGUUCUCUCCAGAUUGCUACCAGCCAGAUUCCAUCAAAGCCCAGGAGAGGCUCAGACGUGGCUCUUCUGAGAAGCGCAUAAUUGAUGGUCCAAACACCCGGAGGCCCUAUGACUUUAAGUCAUUCCUUGGCAAUGAGCUUAACAAGAAGUAGCUAUGUGACCUGCUUCUCAGGGUC